GGACUCGCUUUACGGCAGCAGUAACAGCGGGCGAGAGAGGGGGCGUCGGGGAGGUUGUUCGUUGUUGGUUGGCUCGGUCAGGGCCAGGCCCUGUCCAAAGACGGCUGCAUGGAGGGCGGCGGUGGCAACUCGAAGGGCUCAGCUCUUGGCGGCCUGUUCGGUGCUGGAGGAGCCGGGGGCCCGGGCUAUUCCCACGCGGACCUGGCCGGGGUGCCGUUAACUGGAAUGAACCCUUUGUCUCCUUAUUUAAAUGUGGAUCCCAGAUAUUUAAUACAGGAUACAGAUGAGUUUAUCUUACCUACAGGAGCGAACAAAACUCGGGGAAGAUUUGAGCUGGCCUUUUUUACCAUUGGAGGGUGUUGUAUGACAGGGGCUGCAUUUGGUGCACUGAAUGGUCUGCGGCUGGGAUUGAAGGAGACACACAGCAUGGCCUGGUCCAAACCUAGAAAUGUACAAAUUUUAAAUAUGGUGACACGGCAAGGAGCUCUAUGGGCCAACACUCUGGGAUCCUUGGCAUUGCUUUACAGCGCAUUUGGAGUCAUCAUAGAGAAAACACGAGGUGCAGAAGAUGACCUGAACACAGUAGCUGCUGGGACCAUGACAGGAAUGUUAUACAAAUGCACAGGUGGAGUGCGUGGAAUAGCACGAGGAGGCCUUGCAGGCUUGAUGCUCACUGGCCUCUAUGCUCUUUAUAACAACUGGGAGCAUAUGAAGGGCUCAGUACAACGACAAUCCCUCUGAGCAGGGUCAUGAGGACUGAUUAUAGGACAUUUAUGUAGUUCACCAAUCAAAUUGAUUGCAAAAUCUGUCUGGUGAUGUCCCUUCAUAUUUUAUCUACAAUUAGUGUGAAACUGAAUGGAAGCUAUUGUACUGUGAGGAAGUUCAUUGACACCAUUUACCAGGACUGGCACAUCUCUUCUAGCCAGCAGACUACUGGAGGCAGUGGUACCUAGUGGGUCUGCAGAUGAUUACAAUGUGACCAUUAACUUCUCAAAAGGCACAGAUUGUCUCCCCAGCAUCUCACUUUCUGUUAGCCCUGGACAUAAGCUCCAAGAUCUGGUCCCCUGACUUAACUCACGUAGACAGUGCUAUGCCACCAGGUUCAUUUGGUUAUUUGUGUACUAUGAUUGUGCUACUUUCUAGCCAAUACAGUUUGAGUCCAUAGUGCUAACUGCUGCAGUUCUAACAAAUAAAAAUGGUUUUGUAAGCCACUGUUAAUUCAGCUGGAGCAAGGUGGAGUUUGUCAUUAGCAGUUAGCACAAGGCAAGGCUUAUGUUAAUGGUUAAAAGCACAGUGAAAACUGUUAAUAGGCAUAUCAAACAGUAAAUAGAAGCAUGGUACUAA